ACUGCAUCAACAACACAUCGUCGACGCCGCCGCGGAAAAAAUUAAAACAUUUAAUUGAUUUAACGCAAAAACGGCAAUCUGUAGGAUCGCGAAUACGUUUCGUUCGGCUUUAUUGUUGCACCUGGAAUUGCCGCCGUUGCCUUUUCGUGAGUUUUUAGUUCGUUAACACCAAACACACACAGUCGUGCAGCAGCAGAUGCGUGUGUGUGGGAAAUUGUGCAAAAAACUGUGACGACAGCUGAGGGGGCGGAGAGGGGCGGAGGUGUGUGUUGAAAGCGAAUUCAUUGUUUUUGUGUGGUGUUGUUGUUGUGUGUGGCGCAGCGCAGCGCACUAAAUUAAUAUAUUAAAGUGUUUCUGCGAUGGCAGCCGUGGUGGGCCCAUGAUGCGACCGCUUACCUCUCGACAACGAAUUCAGCACCCUGGCAGCAGCAGCAGCCAGCUGCUCAUUUGGCGAGUGUAAACAAAGCAGCUAACGCACACCAGUAAGCCUUUGCGACAGCGACGCAGCUGUGACGCCGACGUCCUUCACCUUGUGCGACGCGCAUAUUGAAUUUCACAUCUCCAUUCCGGCCAUCUCCAAGCAUCGAGUCGACCAGCGGUCUUCAUCAUCGUCUUUCUUUUGUCUUGGCAACCUGUUCGCUGUCCAGACAGGAAGUUUAACCAACUGCAGCGCCGUCGACGGAAGAAGCAGCGCUCCGCUUCGCUGCCAGCGCCAACAGCGGCGUCGCAGCAGCUGCAUCUGUCAACAAAAUUCGCAGAUUGAAAAUUUUCGAAUAUGACAUCCACAUCUGCGACAGAUGGCGGCGGCCACAGUAGCAGCGAGACUGCCUGGCUGGAGGAUCUGCUGCGGGAGGUGCAGCUGGAACAGUUCCUAGACAGGAUACGCGACGACCUGCAGGUGACCCGGCUUGCCCACUUCGACUAUGUGCUGCCCGACGACCUGGAGAGAUGUGGCCUGGGCAAGCCCGCCAUUCGACGGCUGAUGGAGGCGGUGCGGAAAAAGAAGGCCCAUCAAUGGCGCAAGAACAUCCUGUCGAAGUUGAUCGGCGGCGGCAAGCAGCCUUCGUCCAAGAAGCAGCCAUCCAAUGGCCGUGAUGCCAAUCAAGGUGGUAACGGCACGCAGCUAACCUGCCUCAUACACGAAAAGGACAUCACAAUGGGCCUGAAGCUGGGCGAUGGAUCCUUUGGCGUGGUGCGACGCGGUGAAUGGAGUGCCUCACCCGCGGGCAAGGUCAUUCCGGUGGCCGUCAAGGUGCUAAAAUCGGACAACCUCACCCAGCCGGGAAUCAUCGAUGACUUCUUUCGCGAAGUGCAGGCCAUGCACGCGCUGGACCACUCGAAUCUGGUGCGGCUGUACGGCGUGGUGCUGUCGCAGCCCAUGAUGAUGAUCACAGAGCUGGCGGAGAGGGGAUCGCUGCUGGAUACGCUACGUAAGCAGUGCCGCCACACCUCACUCACGAUCAUCUGGAACUGGUCGGUGCAGAUUGUAACGGGUAUGGCCUAUCUAGAGCAGAAGCGCUUCCUACAUCGAGACCUGGCCUGCCGGAAUGUCCUUCUUGCCGCCGGCAACAAGAUCAAGAUCGGAGACUUUGGUUUGAUGCGUGCCUUGCCGCAGGAGGAUGACUGCUAUGUGAUGUCCGAGCACAAGAAGGUGCCGUUCCCUUGGUGCGCCCCAGAAUCCCUGCGCUUUAGGCAGUUCUCACACGCCUCGGACACCUGGAUGUUUGGCGUGACGCUGUGGGAAAUGCUCAGCUUCGGCGAAGAUCCCUGGGUGGGGCUGAACGGCUCGCAGAUCCUGCGCAAGAUCGAUCGCGAAGGUGAGCGACUGCAUCAGCCGGAUGCCUGUCCGCCGGACGUCUAUGCCAUGAUGUUGCAGUGCUGGGAUAAGACGCCUGCCGAGCGGCCCACGUUUGCUGCCCUCAAGGAAUACCUGGCCAGCAUGUCACCGCCUGUGAUGCGUGCCUGCCGUAGCUACCACGAGUCCAAGUGUCUCCAGAUUGAGCCUGGCGACACAAUCGCUAUCAUCGAUGGCCGCCACGAACUAAAGCUUAUCAAGGGCCAGAACCAGCGCACUUUUGACAUCGGCAUCUUUCCCAAGAGUCUGCUGGAGCAGCGAAAGGUGCCAGGCGCCGCCGGAGAUGUGGCUAUGCGCAGCAGCUUGGGUGCCAAUGGCUCGUCGUCAUCGUCGCCCUUCGGCUUUUGUUGGGGAGGGGCAGCGGCCAUGGCCAAUGGAUCGGAGGAUCGGCAGCGGAAGUGCGCAUCGAUGAACCAGGGCCACGCUAAGGAGCGCAAGUCGACGUCCAACAAGCAGUUUGCCUACAACAAGCUGGUCAACGAUACGGCAGUGGGUCUGCGUCGGCGCAACGCUGUCAAGCACAAAGGCGCUCUUGUGGGGCCGCAACGUCCACCGCCGCCACAGUUUCAGCAGGAGGGCUUACUCAUUGACAUUUCGCCUGAUAUGGCAGGAGGAGCGGUGGCUGUAAACGGAGCAGGCGAUAGUUCAUCCCUGCAGGUGGACAGCUCCUUUUGCAUACUGGACGCCCCGAUAGAAGUGGAGACGUAUGUGGAGGAUAGUGGACCAACGGAUUUGAAUGUUUCACCCACAUACUACAACGAACAGCCUCACUUCGACUACGAUCCGGCCAAUGUAACAGCUUCGCCGGGGCGCCUGCAGCCGCCGCCGUAUCAGAUGCCUCCCACUUACUCUAACACCAUGGAAUUUGUCCAGAAGCAGCAACAGCAGCAGCAGCUAGCAACGCGAGAUCCUUUUGAUACUAGCAGUUUGGAGACAGCGGUAGCUCUAUACUCGAACUUCAGCCAAUCCCAGGAGCCGGCCCCAACUUCAGGUCCCGCCUACAGCAGUCCCUCGGUGCGGAAGAGCCUCUUCGGUGCUCCCAACUCGAACAAGGAGAAUAUUCCCGCCCUGGAAUCGGCGGCCAUGCAGCUUAAUCUUAGUAAUCUCUCGAUGGAACGGCGUGACACCAGCACCCUGCAGCCAGUGGAGCCUGUUUCCGUGCCUGCCUCUGCCGAAAACAGCGUUCUACUGGACAAAUCCUUUAUCGCCGAGCUGGAGAAGGACAUGUACAGCAAUGGACAGAACCGGGCGCAGGAGGAGUAUCAGCGCAACUCCAAUCAGAUGCAUGCCAGCAAGGAAAUGGUGUACAAGCAGAAUCUCACACCUCUCAAAAACGGAGCAGCCUCGAAUCAUUCCACCAGCCCCUCGUCGACCGCCUCGCCCAAGCAGAACAAUGUGGAGGCGGCAGCCGUGGCUGCCACAACCCAGAGCGUGGUGAAUCGCAUUUGGUAUGAACAGGUGGCCUCCACGCCCUCAGAAUACUAUGCCCAGCCACCUCCAGAGCGACCGGAGCAGGAGCAGAUUUACCAGAAUCACCAGCAGCAGCAACCGAUGCAGCCGGAGGCCAACCAUUCAUUUGUAGCCAUUUCGAAUCGCGUGGUGGCUCCCAAGAGCAGUGUGUAUGCCUCAUCCUCCGCGCUAUACGAUGCAGUGGCAGCCAGCACGGCAGGAUCGACGUAUUACGGCCAAGUGCCGAAUGGCAGUGGAGCUGCCCUCUACGAUGAGGUCACAGUGGACGACUACCUGCGACCACAUCGACCUGCUCCGCUAGCACCGCCGCCCCUCUCCGCCCAGCAGAUUCAGCGGCGGAUGGAGAAGAUGCGCCUGCAGCAGCAACAGCAGCUAGAGGGAGCCCAUCAGCUAUAUGCGCCCGUGCCCUCGGAUUAUGGACGCGAACAGGAGAAGCUGCAACAGUUGAUGCAGGAGCUGGGCAGCUCGGCCGUGGAGCAGGACGUUCGGAAUGCCUUGAGAGCGGCUAGCGGGGAUGUGUCGUUGGCCACAAAGCACUACAAGAUCGACCAGCUGGCACGGUUGGGCGUGGCUGGGCGGCCGCAGUGCGAGCAGGCGCUGCAGCAGACCAACUGGAGCCUCGAGGUGGCUGCCGAGCUGCUGCUGCAGUCUUGAAAAGGCUACUUCUCAACAUCCAAACAUCACGUAUUAACGGAUCGAAUAUAAUAUAGUUUUAUCUACUCAAUGGAAUGCAGCUUAAGCUAAACGAUGUCUCGAAUCUUUUCAAAAUACUCUUAAGUGAAACACACUCGAAUGGAAACACACAUACACACAUUGUCAACCGACUGUACAACAUAUGUUCUAUUUUAUAUAAGCGAUCGGUAUAAAAUUAUUUUAUAAUUGUUAUUCGA